AAUGAAGUUAAGGAAGCAGAAGAAGUUAAGGAGGAUGGAGAAGACGUUAGGGAAGGAGAAAAAGUUAAGAAUGAAGAACAAGUUAGGGAAGGAGAAGAAGUUAAGGAUGGAGAACAAGUUAGGAAAGGAGAAGAAGAAGUUAAGGAUGGAGAAGUAGUUUGGGAUGGGGAAGAAGUGAAGGAAGGAGAAGAAGUUAAGGAAGAAGAAGAAGAAGUUUUGGAUGAAGAAGAAGUUAAGGGUAAAGAAGAAAGUAUGGAUGGGAAAGAAGUUUGA